AUGCCUGAUACAGACAUAUCAUUCGUGUCAUCCAGCAGGCCAGGCACUGAUCGUGUGUUCCCCUCUUUCUCUGGAGCUCAGGAAAUGGCUAUCGCCCCUCGGCUUUCAAGCGGCUCAGGCUCAGAUGCCAGUACUAGAGUAAGCUUCGGGUCACCAUUCUCAGCAACCAGAGCAUCUGAUGGAAAUAACAUGUAUGGCAGCUUCUCGACGAGUUCACAAGAAAGCACGAGAAUGUCGUGGUCACCAUCACAGAACCUGGAUGAUGUGGAAUCUGAGAUGAGGAGGCUUAAGCAAGAGCUCAAGCAGACCAUGGACCUGUACAGCACAGCCUGCAAAGAAGCAUUCUCAGCAAAACAGAAGGCAUUGGAACUUCAUCGUUGGAAAAUGGAGGAACAACAGAGAUUAGAAGAGGCACGGCUAUCUGAGGAAGCAGCAUUGGCGAUUGCAGAGAAAGAGAAAGCAAAGUGUAGAGCAGCCAUUGAGGCAGCUGAAGCAGCUCAGAGGAUUGCCGAACUGGAAGCACAAAAAAGAAUCAAUGCGGAAAUGAAAGCACUCAAAGAAUCAGAAGAGAAAAAGAAGGUACUGGACGUGCUAGCAAAAAGUGAUGUUAGAUAUCGCAAAUAUUCAAUUGAGGAGAUUGAAAGAGCAACAGAAUACUUUGCGGAGUCCCGCAAAAUUGGGGAAGGAGGUUAUGGGCCAGUAUACAGGUGUUGUUUGGAUCAUACAUCAGUUGCAAUAAAAGUUCUUCGUCCAGAUGCAGCUCAAGGAAGGUCACAGUUUCAGCAAGAGGUUGAAGUUCUAAGCUGCAUACGACAUCCCAACAUGGUUCUCCUCCUGGGAGCUUGCCCAGAGUACGGCUGCCUAGUCUAUGAAUACAUGGCCAAUGGGAGCUUAGAAGAUCGUCUCUUCCGACGAGGAAACUCUCCAGUGCUUCCUUGGCAACUAAGAUUCCGUAUAGCUGCAGAGAUUGGCACUGGCCUCCUUUUCCUCCACCAGACCAAGCCAGAGCCCCUAGUGCAUCGUGACCUGAAACCAGGCAACAUUUUGCUUGACCGUAACUAUGUCAGCAAGAUUAGCGAUGUUGGCUUAGCCAGGCUCGUCCCUCCAUCUGUAGCCGACACUGUAACCCAAUAUCGCAUGACAUCAACAGCUGGAACUUUCUGCUACAUAGAUCCAGAGUAUCAGCAGACAGGUAUGCUUGGAAUAAAGUCUGAUGUUUACUCACUUGGAAUCAUGCUUCUCCAAAUAGUUACAGCCAAACCCCCCAUGGGUUUGACUCAUCAUGUUGAGCGAGCAAUUGAGAAGGGAACUUUUGCUGAAAUGCUCGAUCCGGCAGUUACUGAUUGGCCAGUCGAAGAAGCAACCAAGUUUGCCACCCUAGCUCUCAAGUGUGCAGAGCUGAGGCGCAAAGACAGACCAGAUCUUGGGGCUGUUGUGUUACCUGAGCUUAACAGGUUGAGAGAACUGGCUGAAGAAACUAUGCCGAGGAUCACAAUGGGUGGCAGUCCAACAACCUCCCCAAGUCAGAGCCAAGUUUCCGCCUCUCAUGUGAGUUAG